AUGAUCAUCACAAUUUCUAAAUUGUAGCCAAUUAGAUCUUCUCUGUUAACUUAUAUACGAAGUAAUUAAUAAAACAGAAAAAAAGGACUUUGUUCGUCGGAGUGAGAGAAAACAAAAAGGCUGUUGUUGGGAUCCCAUCUUCCUCAACCUCCAAUCUCAAUUUCCCUUUUCUUCCUCCACCCACCUCCACCACCGCCACCGCCACCGCCACGUCGCCGCCGUUGACGAUCCAAAUUUCCACCGUAUAAUUUUCAAAAUAUUUAAAAAAUGUCAAUAAACAUGAAAACUCUAACCCAAGCCUUCGCCAAAGCCUCAGCUAAAGCCUCAGCGGUGAUCGAAAAAACCGUUCAAACCACCGUACAAGAAGUCACCGGUUUACCCAGAGCUUUACAAGACUACGAUCUCUUAGAUCAGAUCGGGUCAGCUGGGCCGGGCCUAGUUUGGAAGUUGUACUCAGCCAAGGCCCGAGACGGUCAUGCGGUUUACCCGAACGUCUGCGUUUGGCUUCUCGACAAGCGGGCCCUUUCCGAGGCGCGACAACGGGCCGGCCUUUCUAAGACUGCUGAAGACUUGUUUUUUGAUGUUAUUCGGGCUGAUGCGGCCCGGUUGGUGAGGUUGAGGCAUCCUGGGGUUGUUCAUGUAGUGCAGGCACUUGAUGAGAGUAAGAAUGCUAUGGCUAUGGUUACUGAACCCUUGUUUGCUUCUGCUGCUAAUGCUUUGGGGGAUUUGGAGAAUAUUGAGAAAGUUCCUAAGGAGCUUAAAGGAAUGGAAAUGGGAUUGCUUGAGGUUAAACAUGGUCUGCUCCAAAUUGCAGAAACCUUGGAUUUCCUCCACGGCAAUGCUCGUCUAAUUCAUCGGUCUAUAUCUCCGGAGACUAUUCUCAUCACUUCAAAUGGAGCUUGGAAACUUGGUGGUUUUGGUUUUGCCAUUUCAGUGGAUCAAGCAGCUGAUUUAUCCAACAUGCAGGCUUUCCAUUAUGCUGAAUAUGAUGUUGAGGAUUCUAUUAUACCACUUCAGCCAUCACUGAACUACACUGCACCAGAGCUGGUUCGAAGUAAGACAUCUUCGAUUGGGUGCUCCUCUGAUAUAUUCAGUUUUGGGUGCCUUGCCUACCACUUGAUUGCUCGGAAGCCUUUGUUGGACUGCCACAACAAUGUGAAAAUGUACAUGAACAAUUUGAAUUACUUAUCCAGCGAAGCUUUCUCGUCUAUUCCACAAGAACUAGUUCCGGACUUGCAGAAUAUGCUUUCUGCAAAUGAGGCUCUGAGACCAACUGCCAUGGGUUUAACAAGUUCAUCUUUUUUUCGUGACGACACUAGGUUGCGUGCUCUUCGCUUCCUGGAUCACAUGCUUGAAAGAGAUAACAUGCAGAAGUCUGAGUUUUUAAAGGCAUUGUCUGACAUGUGGAAAGAUUUUGACUCCCGUGUACUGCGUUAUAAGGUUCUUCCUCCACUAUGCGCAGAGCUUCGGAAUGUGGUAAUGCAACCCAUGAUUCUUCCCAUGGUUCUGACAAUUGCAGAAUCUCAGGAUAAAAGUGAUUUUGAGAUGUCAACCCUGCCAGCUCUUGUUCCUGUCCUAAGCAGUGCAGCAGGUGAAACAUUAUUGCUACUAGUUAAGCAUGCAGAGCUUAUUAUCAACAAGGCUAGUCAAGACCACUUAAUCUCACAUGUCCUGCCCAUGCUUGUCCGAGCUUAUGAUGAUACCGAUCCACGUUUGCAAGAGGAAGUCCUGAAAAAGACUGUACCACUUGCUAAGCAACUUGAUGUUCAGUUAGUAAAACAGGCAAUCAUGCCUCGUGUUCAUGGUUUGGCACUGAAAACAACUGUUGCUGCGGUGAGGGUCAAUGCAUUGUUAUGUUUGGGGGAUAUGGUUCACACGCUAGAUAGGCCUGCUGUUCUAGAGAUCUUACAAACAAUCCAACGUUGUACUGCAGUUGAUCGUUCUGCACCAACUCUUAUGUGUACCCUUGGAGUAGCCAACUCUAUCUUGAAGAAGAAUGGGAUAGAAUUUGUGGCGGAGCAUGUCCUUCCACUUGUCAUGCCUCUUCUCAUUGCUCAACAAUUAAAUGUUCAGCAGUUUGCAAAAUAUAUGGCUUUUGUGAAGGAUAUUCUCAG